AUGACUAAUUAUUUAUUGUAACAGAUCAAGGAUAAACAAAAUAAAGAUUAACAUAUUAAUUCAAUAAAAACUGAGAGACAUCCAAUGUUUAAAAUUAUGGAAUAAGAAUUUGCAUUACCAUCAAUGAAAAAUGAAUAAAAAUAUGAUGAAUUUAUGGGUCAUAUUAGAUAACUUUUAGAUAGAAACAAAGUUAAGUCAUAAAACAAUAUAAACCCAUUAAGAAUUCCAAAUAAUUUUAUUUUAAAUAAGAGCACUAAACAAGGUUCAAGGAAGAAAUUGUUUGAAACAAAAGUCAAUGAUGAGUAAUAUUAAUAAAAAUAAGUGUAAAAUUAAUAGAUUUUGAGUGAUCCCUCAGAUACUCAGACCUAAAGAGUAUUAUAAUAUUAAUAACGGAUUGGAUUAGUAAGGAAACAUGAUAAGACAGAGAUAUAAUUAAGAUAAAUUGCAUAGAAACAUAAUAUAAAAUGGUGA